AUGGGUCUGCUUAGUUUAUUAAGAAAACUACGUUCGAAUCCUCAAGAUGAAUUGAGAAUUUUAUUACUUGGUUUAGACAAUGCUGGAAAAACGACACUACUUAAGGUGCUGGCAUCCGAAGACAUAUCUCAUAUAACACCAACUCAAGGAUUCAAUAUCAAAAGUGUAGCAUCAAAUGGGUUUAAAUUAAACGUGUGGGAUAUUGGUGGUCAGCGAAGAAUUCGCCCUUUUUGGCGAAAUUAUUUUGAAAAUACUGACGUGUUGAUCUAUGUAAUUGAUAGUGCCGACAGAAAACGUUUUGAAGAAACCAGUCUGGAAUUAUCUGAACUAUUAGAAGAAGAAAAAUUGGUGAAUGUACCAUUACUUGUAUUUGCUAAUAAACAAGAUUUAUUAAAUGCUGCAACAUCCUCUGAGAUUACAGAUGGAUUAGCAUUACAUACAAUACGAGAUAGAUCAUGGCAAAUUCAAGGAUGUUCUGCAUAUACAAAAGAAGGUGUAACGGAUGGCUUAGAAUGGGUGUCUAAAACAGUCAAAUCAACAAAGAAAUAA